AUUGAAUGUAGUGUUGUGUUGUAAGCAUGUACUCCAGGAUUUUCUGCAUGUUGCGAUGUUGACUCGUACGUGCGUGCUUUCGUUUCAGUAGAGAAGCGACCGAGAGACAGCCAGAAGCGCAGACAGUGAUAUUAUAUCGUUUCAAUUCCCUAUGUCCACUAAUUAGGGGGUGCUGAUUUUAUAUUCAGCUGAAUUUUAUUCUGCAAUAAGGUGACAAACGGAGAUAGAUUCCAAAUGAGCAUACCCGUAUAUCGACCCUCCAAGGGCGACGGCCUGGUCGUCCGACACACCAUGGGGCACGUGCCCGAGAACAACGCCCGUUCCACCCACCAUGCGGUCAGCAAACUCGACUUCGCUGGACGUCGACCGCACACCCAGGCCAGCGCCCGCUUCGGUCAACUCAGUCAGAGCUCGUUCUUCGCACGCCAUAACCCGCAGUCAAAGAGAGUCAGGCACAUAAAAGGCUUGCUAGACUUUCCCAUAUGUUCCGUCCACGACGACGGCUACAUCGCCAACUCCCGGCUCAACCGACGACCCGCCACCACGGACGACAUCAACCUGACGAGGAGGUCGUGGCCGAUGUCGAAGCCCCAAUCGGCUCCCGUGGGUAACAUGGCCCCUCUCGGGCGGUUACCCGUUCACGCGAUCAACUACCACCCCAAUCAUAUCAACCCCGCCCUCCAAAAUCAUAAGACCAACGCCCUCGGAGCGAAUACCCAAUACGGCCGGUUCCCGUUGUCGUUUCGUGAGCGGGCCGAUCCCAAGUUUGGGAUGAUUCCCGUCACCGACAAAUGGAGAGAUGAGCUCCGCGAUAUCACCGAGCAGGCUGGCUUAGGUCUGCCGAAUGAGAUCAAACAGGCCCAGGCCGAACAGCCGAAGCGAACUUCGGUCUAUUCGGCGGACACCGGUCGGCUAAUUCCGCCUCCCUCUCGGGCGAUGACGCGCGGUGCGUCGAGACAGAAACAUCACGAGCACGAUCUCAUGUACCAUAUCGCUGUCGAUGGCAGCAAUGAAUCACUGGUCCUUGAAAUGCUUUGCCAAAUUCUUCAGACCGACUCUCUCACUGCAGUGCAAUCUUGGCUCGUAUCAGCUGGGGAUAGAGAAAAGUCGCUUGUACUUGACAUGAUUCGGUCAGCGAUGAACAGCGAGGCCGAUUAUUUCCAGCGCAAUAUCGCCGAGGCACCACCGCCACCGCGUCCAUCGACCAACCUACCGGCAAACAUGAACGUCACAAACGGUUACGGAGACGUCGACAUUCCUUCGCCGCCGCCGUUCGCCGGGAGGGACGUUCGUUACCAAGCCGUGGCUGAAGCCGCAGCGGGCCUUAAGACGCCAAAGAAGGCAGAGAACCAAGAAAAGACGAUAUUUGAUGCAGAAGGAAGUUUACCAAAGUUGGAUUUGAGAAGGAAAAAAGAUGCAAAUGAUCACCCAGCCCUGCGACAAAGAAGCCACAAACCAGAUGUCUUCAAGGUCGAACACAAUAGUUCUCCCCGCCCCGCCACCAAAAAUGGGAUGCAUCCAGCGAAGCUCCCGCCCCUCUCACCGCCAAAGCAUGAUGGUGGCCAACAAGACAUUCAGAAUGGUGUCUCUUGGAAACCGGACGAGGCCGUCGUUUGAAGGUCAUCGUCAACGUCAGGGCACUGUGGUCUGACCGUCUGAAAGUCACUUUCAAAUUCAUGAGAAAAAUCUAAACUGAUAAUCUACAGUCUAUCAUUACAGGAGGGCAUUGUUACGCAUGAGAAGAUUUCUUCAAGAAAAUUAUUGAGACUACAACGUAAUUGAUCUCAUCCAGGAGAGCCGACAAAAUCGUUUUUAUAUUGUAUAAAUAAUAGGGAGUCUAGCUCUGACAUUAAGUUAUACAGGUAGAGCAUAAACCUUUGCCUAUUAAACAGAGAUACUGUUUUGAAGUGCUUGCUUUGUUCAGUACAUAUACAUAA